ACUGACUCCGCCCCUCCUGCUCCGCCCUGUUCACUCCGCGUGGUCUUCACUACAUGCAGCGCAGACCCGGUGGUCCCGCUGCAGCUCGGGAUUGGAGUGGAUCGGUAAGGGGAACCGCGACUCCCCAAGAGGUCGGACUGUGACUUUUCCCCAGAAAAGAGAUCGAGGAAGGCGCUCUGUAGGCAAAACUGGACCGGCUUCCGACGACAAGCCUGGAGCGGAGAGUCCUGGAGUCCCGAAGGACAAGUGAGCGGCCCCAGGGGAAGGACAGACCGGGGUCACCCAUCCAGACCGCCAUGGCGGCGCUCGCCCGCCGUCUGUGCCAUAUCGCCUUCCACGUGCCCGUGGGGCAGCCCCUCGCCCAGGACCUGCAGCGUCUCUACGGUUUUCAGCCCCUGGCGGUGCGGGAAGCAGACGGCUGGUGGCAGCUGGCCCUGCGCAGCGGCGACGCGGUCUUUUUGGUGAACGAGGGUUCGGGACCCCGAGACCCGUUGUACGGCGUGGACCCUCAUCAUGCUGUGCCCAGCGCUACCAACCUGUGCUUCGAUGUGGACGAUGCGGGCGCCUCUGUCCGGGCGCUGGCCGCACGGGGCUGCAGCGUGCCAGUGCCCCCUGUUAGUGUGCGGGAUGUGCAGGGCACUGCCAUCUAUGCCGUGGUCAGCUCGCCGGCAGGCAACCUCAGCCUGACGCUGCUGGAGCGCUCCAGCUUCUGUGGGCCCUUCCUACCCGGCUUUGGGCCAGUGCCCUCCGCAACAGGCCCUGGCUGGGUCACCCACGUGGACCACCUGACCCUGGCCUGCACCCCUGGCAGCUCUCCUACACUGAUGCGCUGGUUCCACGACUGUCUAGGCUUUCGUCACCUGCCACUGAGCCCAGGUGAGGAUCCAGAGCUGGGCUUUGAGGUGGCAGCAGAAUCUGGGCAUGGGGGGCUAAGGCUCACCGCCCUGCAGACCCCUCCAGGCAGGACUAUUCCCACCCUCCUGCUGGCCGAAUCCCUGCCUGGGGCUGCCAGUGGACAUGAUCAGGUGGAACAGUUCCUGGCCCGGAAUAGGGGGCCGGGGCUGCAGCAUGUGGGGCUGUACACCCCAAACAUCAUGGAAGCCACUGAGGGGGUGGCAGUGGCAGGGGGCCAGCUCCUGACUCCUCCUAAGGCCUACUACCAGCAGCCAGGCAAGGAAAAGCAGAUCCUAGCUGCUGGGCAUAAGCCUAGCCUGCUGGCCCGACAGGGGAUCCUGCUAGAUGGUGAUAAAGGCAAGUUUCUGCUUCAGGUCUUCACCAAGUCACUCUUUGCAGAGGACACCUUCUUCCUGGAGCUAAUUCAGAGACAGGGGGCCACAGGUUUUGGCCAGGGCAAUAUCCGGGCCCUAUGGCAGUCAGUGCAGGAGCAAGCUGCCAGGGACCAGGAAGCCUUAAAGACGGCUUAAGGUGGGGGCAGUCAUGGGUCCUGAAGCCCUGAGGAAUCCAGCAUAGGGCCUGCAGAAACUGAGAAACACAUACAGAGGCCUGGAGUGAAAGGCUUUGUCCCUAAGGGUCAGGUCUGGCUUCCAUCUCAUCAGUACCUGCCAGAAGUUGAAUCUCUCACUGGGGUCCAAAGAGGUGGGAUUUUGAUUUUAACUAUGAGUCAUUUCUUACAUAGUCUGUAUCUUAAUAUAUAUGUAAGAUACAAAGAAUAAUAAAAGAAUUACAUGAUUAGAAAAUAGAGCAUACCAAUACUUUCGAAGUCUCCUUGGGUCCUUCUCUCACCCCAUUUCCUUCCACCCCACCUCAAUUUUAUGAUUAUUAACCCCUUGCUUUUCCGUAUUGUU